GGGGGCUACAAGCACCUACUGUAACCGUCCUUCAUCCCACACUGACGGUCAGCAGAGUUGCAGCAACUCAAGCGGGCUCCUCUUAUAUGCAGCGGCGCUGGAUGCUGCGUCCGACGACUACAAUGUAACGAAUUGAUAAGCCUUUGCGGCCAGAGAUGAGGGCGAUAGGGGAUCGUGGGUGGCAUGCGUCGGCUGCUGGUUGGCAGGGCCCAUCCUCGCGGCGGGGCGCUUCUCGGGUCUCACUGGGCCAGCCGCGGACCUGUGAGGUGCGGCUGCUGGGUCCUGACGGUCCUGGGCUCCUGGGAGUACGGUAAUUGGGAGAACCUGAUCGUCACACGGCCAGACGCAUGUACGGAUCAGGAUGAUUUUGUGGCUCGGAGAUACGGUAACAUUGCUGGCUACGUAGGCGUCUCCAUAGUCCCACUGUUUGUAGUGUGGACUCUGCACACGCUGGCGGUUGACGCAGCAGAAGUUACUGCACUGCAAGUUGCAACUAGCUGCCUGGCCAGGAAAGGCUCCAGGGGCGACAACGGGAAAGGCGUUUUGUAG